UGUGGCUAAAGGUAUUUGAAUUGCCAUUUUUUAUAAGAACAUUUUUUAAUAAUCGGGUGAAAAAUUAAUUAUUAAUAAUAACCUUCAAAUUAGACUUCUCACCCCUCAUCCUUCUUCCCCCCUCAUUAAUAUAUUACUAGUACCACCUUAAUAAUAUUUUUGCAACAUAACUGAAUCAAUAAAUAUCAACAAAUAUAAUAUAUAUAAAAAUAUUGUGGGGUAAACUUGUAAUAAAUCUUGUUUAUAUUAUUAUUAUUAUUUUGGUCUAUGAUUGAGUUACCCUUAUUUUUUUUUAACAAUACUAAAUCAACUCGGUUACCUCGGUUAAAAGGCGCGUUUUUGCCCAUUCUCAAAAACACAGAUCGACAAUUAACUGAACUAAAAAAUUAUUUAAUCUCCGAUCUUCAAUUACAAAAAGUAACAAAAGUAAUAAGGAUAAUGAUGGUUUGAUUUUUGGAUAUUGGAUAAUUCACAUGACGGCCGAAUAUAUACAAUGAUAUGGCGUCGUUUCCCGUUGAGGUUGAGUAAUGAGUAUUACUAAAGAUUAUCUUCUUCAUUCAUGUAUUCCAAUUUUUUUAUGAGAUUGGAAAUUUUUACAAGAGAUAGAAC